AUGACCAUUUUUAAGAUGUCGUGGCAGCCUCCAUACCAUGGUUCAAAGUUCCGUCAUGUUUAUGGAAUACCAGCGAGUAAAGGCCAGAAUUAUGAUGGCCUGUCAAUCACCCGUGGUGUCCAUGACAACCAUUGCUGUGCCAUCAAUCCAUGCUUCAUUGCAGUAGUCACUGAGUGUGCUGGGGGUGGAGCCUUCAUCGUCAUCUCCAUACAUCACAAAGGCCGUUUGGACCCUCAUCACCCCCGUGUUUGCGGUCACAGUGCCCAGGUUCUGGAUGUUAAGUGGGAUCCGUUUAAUGACCAGCGUAUUGCUUCCUGUUCCGAAGACUGUACGGUUAAAGUGUGGCAGAUUCCCAGUAAUGGAUUGAAGGAAAAUCUGAUCAAACCACAGAAGGAGUUAUUAGGCCACACCCGGAGGGUGGGGCUUAUUGAGUGGCAUCCAACCGCGAAGGACAUCUUGUUAAGCUCUGCCUAUGAUUAUAGAGUGUGUGUGUGGCGUGUUGAUCAUGUGGGUGUGUCAGUAGUGAAAAUGCCAGUGUAUGUGAUACAUACACACACUGACCUGGUGAUGAGUGUGAGCUUCAGUGAGGAUGGCAGCAAAAUCGCUACAACAUGCAGAGACAGACGAGUCCGAGUCCUCGAGACGCACACAGGACACACAAUUCAGGAGUCAUGUAAUGGGUCUCAUAAGGCCUUCAAAAUUGUGUUCCUGUCCAACCGGAACCUGCUGCUCACAACUGGAACCUCCAAGUGGAACCAGAGACAAUUUGCCCUAUGGAACCCGGAUGAUUUAUCUGAGCCGUUGUUGGAGGAGGAUGUGGAUGGAGGUUCUGGAGUUCUCUUUCCAUUUUAUGACCCUGACACAUACAUGCUUUACCUGGCUGGCAAGGGAGAUGGUAAUAUUCGGUACUAUGAGGUGAGUGCAGAGAAACCGUUUAUACACUUCCUGGCAGAAUAUCGUUCUCCACUACCACACAAGGGCCUGGGUGUGAUGCCGAAGCGAGGUUUAGACACUGUGCAGUGUGAAGUGUUUCGUUUUUAUCGCCUUGUUACGGUUAAAGAUCUUGUGGAACCUUUAUCCUUUAUUGUACCACGAAAGUCUGAGGACUUUCAGGAGGACAUUUAUCCAAUGACAGCAAGCAACGAGGCAGCCAUGACGGCUCAGGAGUGGCUCAUGGGGCAAAAUAAAGGCCCAGUGCUGAUGUCUCUGAGGCCUGUGAUUAAAGUUCAGAACCCGUACCCAGCUCCAGAGCAGGAUGCUCAGCUUGAGCGCUUGGCUUGCAGCCUGGGCAGCCUCCAGGAAAACUACAGAGCAGAGGAACUGGCCCAUCAGAAAGCAGGAUAUGAGAAUGGUGACCUAUCAGAAUGGCAGGAGGAUGAGACUCAGUGGAACAGCUGGAGAGACACACACUGUGGGGUUCAGUGGUGUGAGUCAGCAGCAUACACACCACCAGCCACAGAGAAGGAGCUGCUGAAUGUGUUUUAUAAGCAGCAGGAAGAGAUCAGAUCUCUGAGGCAGAAGCUACGUCAGCGGGACAGCAGGAUUCAGCAGCUGGAGCUCGAGAUCAAAAAUAUACGCAAUCAGCUGAGAGCCUCCUUCUGA